AUGCCUUUGCGGUCUUCUGAUUUACAAGCAGAAUGUGCAUUUUGUAGCAGCAGUAGUGGUGAAGUAAGUUCUACUAGCUUCCUAAGACGUAGCGAUGAUUUCGAGAAGAGGCUGCAGUAUAUUUCCAAAGAGGAAGCUGCGGUUAUGGCCAGGGUCAAUCGGAGAAACCGAUUUGUGUAUUUUAACAUGCCAUUCUAUGCUAGAGUUUCUUUGAACUCGAAGUGCAAAAAACUACAAAUUGAAUCUUGUUUGAAAUCCAAACUCAACCCUACUCACCUGGAAGUAGUUGAUACAUCUGGAGGAUGCGGUGCAAGUUUCGUAGUUGAGAUUGUAUCAGAAGAAUUCGAAGGCAAGAGGCUACUGGAGAGGCAUCGAAUGGUGAAUGCUGCGUUGGAGGAGGAAAUGAAAGAGAUUCACGCUCUCUCUGUCAAGAAAGCUGUCACCCCAGAGCAGUGGAGACAGCUGCAGCAAGACUCCAACCAAGCAAAUCCUGCUGCCUAGGAUCAUGUCUUUUCAGUUACAAUAAUGGGGUAUAAAUAAGAAUAUUAGAGUUCUCAACAUGAACAAGGUUAGUAUAUUAGUUAUGAAUAAUGAGCAGCUUAGAAUAGAUUAGAUUAGUAGUAAGUGGUGAUGCAAAGAAUGCAGAUUAAUUAAUUAAUUGCAAUGCAUGUGUACAGGAGAAUGUAGAUGAAUGUUAUAAUGGCAUAGUGGAGGUGACAAAUAAUAAUAUAAUAAUAAUGGAGGUAGGGGGAAGAAGAGAAAGUAUGAGGAAAUCCCUGGUAGCCCAAGUGGCGUAAUUGAUGUAGUGUUCAGCUCUGAUGAUGGUUCCAAUGAUUCUUGGGAAGAUUCAUGACGAUCUUGAUUCUGGAAAACCCUCUACAAGGCUGCCAUAUGUGACUCCAGAGUUGAUAGCAACAGCGGGGUUUAUGCCAAAGCUGAAAAAGAUUUAUGCUAGGGGGCUGCUAAGUCUCAUUGCCAUAGAUGAGGCACAUUGCAUCUCAAGUUGGGGCCAUGAUUUCAGGUUUGUCAUAUAUUCUGCUAUAGGAAAUUGGAGUUUGUAAUGCUAGAAUUUCAUGUUUAUGUCAUUGGGUAAUAUGUUUCAUCUGCUUAGGUGAUAAGUUCUAUGCGCUACUGCAUUUCCUGAUUGGAUCCAGUUAUCUCAUUUUCUCUGUUCACAAUUCCACAUGCAUAUAUGAACAAUUUGAAAUUUAUCUCCAAAUGCUAAAUUAAGAAAUUGAUUCUGGCAAUACUAAAUUGUGCUUUAAUGGAAAUAGUGUUGAAUACCAUAGUAUCUUGUAAUUUCUAUGUAUAUGU